AACUCCUUCCUUCACUCAUGUAUCUGUCAUUUCUCAUUAUAUAUCAUUAUUAAUUAUGAAUUAAUUAACUAUCUAAUCAUUUAGUUCUGUGUUCCUUCUCUCUUCUCUUUAAUUAAUUAAUAUGUUGAUUCAUGUAAAUGGUCGACGUAAAUCAAUGCAUAGCUUUGUGAAACCGGCAAUAAUAAGGUGGCCAUGGACGAAAAAGCGAAGGGCUUUAGGGGUUGUUGGUGUCGUAGCUUUGGUCUCAUUCAUAUCGAUCAUCGUCUUAUUUCAUGUAUUAGUGGUCAUGCUCCCACCUCCUUACAGUUACACCAACGGCAACACCACCACAACUCCUCUACAUAUUCUCCAAGUUACCACCACAACCACUACUACCACCACCUUUCAACAUACUACUUCCACCUUCCAAUCAAAUUUAUUUCAUAAUAAAAUGUAUCGGCCGUACCGUGAUCUUGAAAUUUGGAAGCCACCAAGGAGUGAGAGAUUACAGAAAUGUGUCAAUCGAUCAAAGAAGGAAGCCAAGAAUGGAACAGCAACAGAUGGCUUUAUUCUAGCUCAUGCCAAUGGGGGUUUGAAUCAAAUGAAACUUGGGAUAAGUGACAUGGUUGCAAUAGCAAAAGUUAUGAAUGCAACCUUAGUCAUGCCUACUUUAGAUCAUAGUUCCUAUUGGAAUGAUUCAAGUGACUUUAAGGAAAUCUUUGACUGGGAGAAGUUUGUUGAAGUUUUAAAGGAUGAUAUAACAAUUAUAGACUCACUUCCACCGGAAUAUGAAUCAGUCAAGCCCCUUACUAAAAAUCCAGUUUCUUGGUCAAAGCUCUCUUACUAUAGAGACAUGCGUGAAAAACAACUAAUAAAGAGAGAGAAAGUGAUAAAGUUUCUGCAAACGAAUUCGAGGCUAGCUAACAAUGUACAAUUUUCUACUCAAAGGCUUCGAUGUCGGGCAAUGUAUGAUGCAUUAAAGUUUAGAAAAGAUAUCGAAGAACUUGGGAGGAUCUUAGUUGAAAGAUUAAGAAGGAAUAAAAAUCCUUACAUUGCUUUACAUUUAAGAUAUGAAAAGGAUAUGCUAGCUUUCACAGGCUGCAGCCACAAGCUUACCAUAAAUGAGCAUGAAGAGCUUACAAAAAUGAGGUAUGAGACAAAGCAUUGGAAAGAAAAGAAGAUCAAUGCUAAGGUCCAAAGACUCCAUGGGAAUUGUCCCAUGACACCAAGAGAAGUGGCCAUAUUUCUUAUGGCCCUUGGAUAUCCAUCUGAUACACAAAUUUACAUAGUUUCUGGUGAAAUUUAUGGUAAAGACGGUAUGCAAUCGCUUAAACAAAAGUUUCCUAAUUUGUCUACUAAGCUCAGCUUAGCAACAGAGGAAGAGUUAAUGCCUUUCAUGAAUUCACAGAAUAAGCUUGCUGCUAUAGACUAUGUUGUGGCAUUGGAAAGUGAUGUGUUUGUUUACUCAUAUGAUGGCAACAUGGCUAGAGCAUUGCAAGGUCAUAGGGUGUAUGAGGGUUUUAGGAAAACCAUUAGCCCUGACAGGCAAAAUUUAGUCAAACUGAUUGAUAAGUUAGACAAGGGUAACAUAAGUUGGGAAAAGUUUUCAUAUUUGGUCAAGAGCUUUCAUGAGAAGAGAAUCGGAGGACCAAAACCAAGGCCUAUUUCACACUCUCGAGACUCCUCAAAACUUGAGGAGAAUUUCUAUGCAAAUCCCUUUCCUGGUUGCAUUUGUCAACAAAGAAUUUAAGGUGUUUAAAACUAGAACCUAUCCCAAAAAGCAAGUGGAGAAACAACAAUUUUGAAAAGGUUAAGUGAGCUAAUUUGUAAAUGUGAUAGGCAUAGCACACAAUUUUUUUUUAAGGAAGUGUGCAAUGGCUCAAUUUUUCCUUUUCUUCUUAAGUAUGUUCGAAAUUAAUUGUAGAGAAAUUGAGAAAUAAUAAAUUUUCCCUAAACUAGUGGUAUGACAGAGUUUUAUCUAAUGAAUUUUUAUGUGGCAAAAA